AAAACAAAUCCCCAAGAAGAAAACAAGCCUCAAGGCCCUGAAGCAUCAACGUUCGGCUUUUCCAUUAUGCUCUCGGAAAUCUUGGUGUAACCCCCCGUAACCUGUAUCAAAUCCAUCGUGAUCAUGGGACGCGAUCAUCGAGACAAUUCCAGGGACAUGAUGCGAAGUCGUGAGCGAUCCAAUUCCAGACAUCAAGUGAAUCAUGGCCAGAAACGUCGUGAGUCGCCUUCGUCCUCGCGUUCCUCGUCCUCCUCAUCUUCUUCCUCCACCAGAAAUAGACGAAGGAAAAAGGCCAAGAAGGAAAAGAAGUCGAAAAAAGCCAAGAAGAAGCAGAAGAAAAGCCGUCGACGAUCUUCGUCCUCGGAUGCGGACACGGAUUCCUCGACAGAACUACUAAACACGCUCCAAAAGGAACGAAUGGCCUUGAAAAGGAAGCGAAAAGAAGAAAAGCGAAAAUUGAAAGAGACUGAAACGGAAGAAGAGCGAAAGAAUCGGAAGCUAUUGAAGAAGGAAAUCAAGGCUUUGAGGCGAUUGGAUGACGAUAAUUUUUCCGAGGUUGAGGUCGGUUUGGAUGAGGAGCAAACCUAUACUAAUGAGGACAAUCCAUUUGGCGAUUCCCAAUUAACUAAUGGCUUCAAAUGGGACAAGAAGCUGCAAAAAGAAGGUCUUGAUAAGCUGGAUGAGAGGGAGUUGAAGAAAUUGGAACGCUUGAAACGGGAGAAGCAACGUCAAGAAUUGGAGAAAGUCAAGACUCAACGGAUGUAUCGGGAAAAGGAACGUGAGGAUUUUCUUUACGCCAAAGAACUUGAGGACCGAAUGAAGGAAAAUGCCAAGUACUCUCAAUGGCAAGAUAAGGAGGACGAGUUUCAUCUUCAACAAGCCAAGAUGCGGUCCAAGAUCCGUAUCCAGGAUGGUCGAGCCAAACCCAUUGAUUUGCUAGCCAAAUAUAUCUCGGCUGAAGAGGAAUUGGACACGAUUGAGAUGCACGAGCCUUAUACUUAUCUCAAUGGUUUGACCAUCAAUGACUUGGAGGAUCUACUAGUGGAUAUUCGCGUUUAUGUGGGCAUGGACGAGGAGAAGAAUUGGGACUAUUGGGAAGAUAUCAUCGUGAUCGUCGAAGACGAGCUGCAAAAGCUCAGGAAGUUGGAUGCCACAUCGUCGUACGAGAUCGCUGCCGAAAGACGUCAAGGCAUUAACAAAGCGGUGGCGGAUGACAUUCAAGGCGUGUUCAAGGACAAGUCCUCACAACAACUGGAAACCCUCAAGAAGUCCAUUGAGCUAAAGCUCAGUCAGCAGGCCGACGGAUUGGAUCUGAAUUACUGGGAGUCUCUCUUAAGUCAGUUGAAGGCUCAUUUGGCGCGAGCCAGACUGCGAGAUAGCCAUAAGGACAACUUGAAGAAGAAACUGGACAUGUUGAAGGCCGAGCAGAAGGGCCAAAGUGCGCCCGUAGUUAAGGCCGAAGAGGCCCAAGACCCUGGCGAAGGCCCCAGUCAAGUGAGUAAGAACGACGAGACGGAUGUUGAUAUGGAGAUACCGGAUCAAGAUCCUCGAGAAGAAAUCAAAGAAUACCUCCCGAAAGAAAAAGAAAUCGACCUCGAGGACGAAGAGUACAAGUGUGGCGGGUACUCGCCCAUUUACAGGGAACUUGACGAUUUAGAGCUUGGAGCUAUUGUCGUGAAUGCCGCAGAGGAUGAGGCUCGACGGCGGGUUGAUCAGACGAAAGUGCUCAAAGGCGGAAAAGUCGAUAGUGUGUUGAAUGCCGAGGAGAAGGCGUUAGAACGCGAGGCCAAGAAAGGUAUGAAUGACGAUGAAGCCUCGUUUGCCGUGGAAUCAGCCCUUGAACAAACUUAUGAAUGGUCGGACAAGUAUCGGCCACGGAAACCCAGGUAUUUCAAUCGCGUUCACACCGGGUUCGAAUGGAAUAAAUACAAUCAAACGCAUUAUGACAUCGACAAUCCGCCUCCAAAGGUCGUCCAGGGCUACAAGUUCAAUAUUUUCUACCCGGACUUGAUCAAUAAGAAGAACACGCCUCAGUAUACGAUCACUCCCUGUCAGGAUAACACGGAUUUCGCCAUCUUGCGGGUGCAUGCCGGACCUCCUUACGAGGAUAUCGCGUUCAAGAUCGUCAAUCGAGAGUGGGAAUUUGGCUAUAAGCGCGGAUUCAAGUGCCAAUUCCAUAACAACAUCUUCCAAUUGUGGUUUCACUUUAAACGACUCCGGUAUAGACGAUAAGUUCAAAAGAAUACAUCAAUCGCUGAACAUGACAAGAAAAGGAAGAAGACCUUUAAUCAAUUACUAGUAGAACGAGUUGCCAGUGCUAGAUUUCAGUUGAAUCUAUUUCGGCGUGCAUUGUUUUAGCGAUAACCACUCGAGAAAGCGUAGGUUUGAAAACCAACUUUGAAGGUAGAACUAGUGGGCAUCACAUGUGUUGAAGGGACUGAAUGUAUGUUAUUCAAAGAUUGGAGGGUCAAAGGUUACCGGGCAAGCAUCAUCAUCGGAUCAGGCGAUGAAAAUACAGAUAUAUGAUACUGCCUUAUGCGGCUUUAGUGAUUGCUAUCUCCCUGAGGAUGGUUUAAGGACAACUUGAGUUCUUCGAACAAGUCUUGAAUAGUACCGGUCGAAAUGUGA